CUUCAGGCCAGAUAUGCUUAUUAUCUCUUCUCUAUGUCCAGUUUUCAAUAUCCUGUUUCGUACUAAUGCAAGCCAGUACCAAUACUAAUAACACCACGCUAGCAAGUAUUGCACAAGCGGACAAGUGCAUCGUAUCAGUUGACCACCCAGCUGGCGACUCUACUCCAGAAUCCGAUACCGCUCAUGGAUGGCUGGUUAUUGCUGGUUCAUUCGUUUAUACAAUGGCUUCUGUUGGCACAGCUGCAUCAUUUGGUGUGUACAUGGAUGAAUAUCUCACAAAAGAGUUUCCUGGUACCCCAUCAUCGACGCUGGCAUGGAUAGGUACCAUGCAAAUUGGCCUUACUUUUUUCUGUGGAAUCAUCUUUGGCCCGAUGAUGGAGCGCAUCGAUAUUCGCAUAGUGGGCAUAAUUGGCACGCUCUUUUCUGGCGCUGGGUUACUAAUUGCUUCAGGCUGUACCUCGCCAGCAUCGCUUAUCGCCACGCAGGGAAUUAUAACUGGUAUUGGAUUCUCUGCUAUGUUCACUGUCGCAAUGACCCUUCCUUCCCAGUGGAUGGUAAAGUACAAGCCUAUAGCAGUGGGCAUUGCCAUCAGUGGAAGUGCAGUAGGCGGGAUAUGGCAGUCGUUUGCCAUGCGGGCCAUCAUCAAGAGCCACGGAUACCGGUGGGCGCUGCGCAUUUCAGGCCUGAUACAGAUUGCCAUGUGCAGUAGUGCAACGCUGCCGAUGAAGCGACGGAUUGAAGCACCGCCACGCAAGAGGUUUAUCGAACAUACACUCUUACGUGACCCCAAGUUUAUCCUACUGCUUCUGUUUGGGAUCACAGGCGGUGCAGGAUUUUUCAUUCCAUUCGCAUUCAUGCCAAACUAUGCAGUCGUCGUGCUGCAUAAAGACAUUUCAUGGGAUGCCAAUAUCUCGGCACUGAUGAAUGUUGGCGGGUUCUUUGGACGUCUGCUCUCUGGUAUCCUGGCAGCAUAUAUAGGUCCUAUCAGUACACUCGCUAUUUGCUCGCUGGUAUCGUCUCUCGGAAUAUUCGUCCUCUGGUUGCCCUUCAAGAAUACGGCGGUGCUCAUUAUUGAGGCAUUCGUUUUUGGAAUGUCCAGCGGCAGUCUAGUCACAGUAUUUCCCGUCGCUGCUGCAAGUCUAUAUGGCCUCCAGCGUCUGCCAAGUAUUCUAGGGUUACUAUUUGUGUCAUUCUUCGCUGGACAGCUUAUCAGCUCGCCUGUCGCUGGCCGACUGCUAGACAAGUAUGGACAUGGAGCAGAUUUCAGUUCUCUGAUAAUUUACACUGGCGCACUUUUUGCAGUAGCGGUUGUGUUCUUGGUCAUGAUCCGGUUGCUGAUUACUAGGGAUAUCUUUGCUAAAGUUUAAACCGACAUCGUGAAAAUACAUGGAGUCAUUUUGAGCAUGCA